AUGGUAGAUAUGCAAAAUAAUGGAUUAAACUUGAGAUCCCACUCAAAAAUAGAGAGACAAGGGUGGUUGAUCGAUUUAAUUUUCUUGAAAUCAAAGAUGGGAUUCGGGACACUAUAUGUAUUGACGUAUCUCCCAUCGCGAUUCCGUCGUAGUCGUUCUUUAACCCCUUCUUCCAAGCAUGCCUAUUAUAUAGCGUGUGACAUCUUCAUGCAUCUGCACGGUUGCAGAUGGCGACACAAAGGGAAAAAGAAUACGCAGCUUUUUGCACAUAUUAAUUCCGUCGUACUCGCCCCGUAUGUAUGA